GAGGGGCACAUCGUGUAACGUUUCGGAAUAUCGGCCAAUGUGUCCUGGUUGUUGGCCCAAACUUCGGGCUUUCGCCUGAUAAAAAAGAAAAUCGAUUUAGUCGACGUCGCGAUGGACUUUCUAUGACAGGUGUUCCUAACUCGAAACUGUUCUAUAAUUCACGACGUGUCCUGCACAGUUCGAUCUACCGCCGCUUCGCGCGCAGAUAUUAUUAUCACCCAUGUCUUACGUAUUUCUUUCUCGUGACGUUACCAGUUUUGCUAAGAUGAUUAUUUGGAUGUUUACUACCUGUUCAGCUUCGGUCGAGUCUUGUCCCGCUCCUCCUUCUAACAUUACUUUGGUGCUUACUGGUUGGUCACCGCCUGCGGUUCUUGUUAGGUGGCGCUAUGAUUGCCCCGUCGGUCUGCAGCACUUCGUACUCACAUGCCGCGCAUCAGUUGCCAGAUACCGCAUUAUCCAAGAAGUGGAUCCGAAUACUAGAACAGUCACCCUGGAUCAUCUGAGACCCGGAGUCGAGUAUCAGCUUCAUCUGACAGCCAUUUCCACUACAGGAUCAAACAUCAGUAGCCCAGUAAUAUCGUUCGUUGCCCCAGAUGUCCAAAAUGAAAGUACGAGAGAAAAAGAAUCUUACGUGGAAGUCAACAAUUUUUUAGUGAGAGAAGAAGAAGUUGUUAUUGUUGUAAUUGUGUUGAUAGUGUGGGUAGCGGUCAUCAUACUAUUCUUCAACAAAUGGGGUAAAAUAAGGAUGUUAGAACCUUAUCAGCCGGCGUACAGAAGUCAAACUUACACUGCAGUUUUGCAAAAACAGCAGAGGGUGCCCGAUUUGAAUCCUCCAGAAAAAACUUUGCAGAGAUUCACGUCCUUUCCUACGUACAGUAAUCACAGGUUUCGUCCUCGUCAAAAUUCGGUGUUUGUUACGAGUCCAUCCAAUAGCAACCCCAUCAUGCACCAGAUUGGGAUGCCCAGGAAGGUGAAAAGUGCCGAAGAUAUUCAAUCGCUAGUGGUACAAAUCAACUGCAACGACAUUCAGUCGACUGCGCUUUGAGUGAUUCCAUCCAUUAAGAGUUAAGUCUGAGUUACAUUAACGCCUCGCAUUCUGCUAUUUAUAACAAUAAAAAAAAGAAAGAAAGAAAGAAAGAUUUGAUAAAAUAUCAAAGGAGAAGAAUAAGCGCCGGUUAUUGAUUCAAUCAGGAAGCAAGACUAUUAAAAAUUCUUCUUUAAUUUUCCAAUUAUUCCAAUCAUUUAUUCCAUUAAUUCAUAUCUUUUUGUACUUCCCCAGAAUAUUAAUAAUUGAAAUGAUGUGCCGCACAAUGAUUUCCUAAAUUUCCAAUAUCCUAAACUAUGUAUUUUGCAUUCCACGGAUAUCAGAUUUGACAUUUCACUAGAUACAAUGAAAUGACAGAAUUUCAUCAGGAGGUGUCAAAAUGUCAAACUUAUCCAGGGUUUUUCUUAUUAUUUUCUAAAUAAGAAUACUGUUUUUUUUUUUUUCUUUUGGUCUUCCGUAUGCCUCUGAUUUUUCCCCUAUUUUAUUCAUAUCUGUUGUGAAUUUAGGGAAUUUUGUUUACAUCCUUAAGUUGGCAAGGCCUUACAUAAAUGAAAAUAUCUGAAGAUAUUCUAGUCUAGGGCCGAGAAGAACAAAAAGUGUACGAGCGAACCAAACCUAUUGUGCCAUUAUCUCCCAUUGAUCAUCUUCGAAGUUGUGUGCGGAUUUUAAGAAAUGAAGGUCCUCUGCCCAUACAAAAUGGAAAAAAAAAAGCAAUAGCAGCUUUCUUUAAUAUUGCCUCACGUGUACAGAAUCAGCUAAACAAUAAAUCGGAAGAUAUUCUUCCAUAUUUUGCAGAUUUCUUAGAUAUUUUGCUGAAAACCGGUCCACUUUUGCAGUUGCCUAUAUAUUUGUAGUUUUGCAUUUUUAUUCUACGUUGAAAUAUAUUAUAAAAAAAUUUUAUAAUAGUGUACAAAAUGUUGAAUUUUAGCUAAUGAACAUUAAUAAUAGAAGGUAGAGCGUGAAUAUAUCUAAACAUAAAUUUAAACUUUGCAAAAGAGGAAAAAAUUCAACUAAGAAUUGGAAA